ACAACAGCCACUUCCUGGCCGGUCCGGGCCCACACGGUGAACCGUUAUCUGUAUGUUGUUACCGUGCGCUCGAAGUCUGUGCGGUUCACGGUGUGAUGAGCUGUGGGCGUCAUGACUGAAUGAGAAGCGAAAUCCUCCACAAAAAGCUCCGGGACGCGCUGCCAGCGCUGGGGCCGACGUGAGAUUGAGCCUGAGGCAUAGUGACUGUGGUGAUGGUUUUGGACUCAUGUGAGGUCUGCAUGGAUCAGAUUGAGAGUAAGGGGGUCAGGAGCGGUAGAGGCGUGUUGAAGUCAGAAGACCGAGGUGGUUCAACCAAAACCAUCAGCAGCCCAGCCGCGCAAGCUAAAAGCAACAAUCUUCCAAAGAGGGAGAAGGCGUUACAGAAUGGCCUUCCAGCCCAGCCUCAAGGUGGCCAGGCCCGGAUUGUAGAGAAGAAUUCAUCAAGAAGCUGUGGAAAGCCGAGACCCCCGCUCCGUCGUCCACUCAGCCUGGAGGUGACACCCCAACGUCUUCAAGGGUCUCAGGAGCAGAAUGCAGACAAGCGCAUCAUACAGCCUCCUUGGCGCAGUGGUGCAGCUGCCCCAUCGCCUCCUAUACGUAGCGUGACCAGCCCUAGCCUUGGCCCGAGCAGCUGGAUGCGUCGCAGCGAGAGCACCUGCUCUGUCAACUAUUCUCUUCGGGCUAGCAAGGGGCAGAUGCGACCGGCCACCUCUCUGCCACACAUCGCUAAGGGCUUAGGGGGUCCGACACUGCCUACAUUGUCCAGGCCGUGUCUGCUUGUUGCCCUUAGGCCCCUUAACUUGGAGCAGGAGAAGCAGACUUUCUUUCAGUCUGACUACAACUAUGAGCCUCAGUUUGAGUACGCACAGCCUGAGCCCAGGAGUGUUUUGGACAAAUACAGAGAGGGUUCAGGCCUUUUCUUGGAACAGGCAGUUGGAAUCAUGGAGUGUGUCCUGAGGAAAUUUGGCUCCUAUGAGAACUUUGAGGAACUGACAGGUGGCAGUGUUCUUCCUAAAAGUCAAGUCUGGGCUGCUGUGCGCAAAUAUCUGCAGAAAGAAGGCUGUGUGGGAGAGGUGGUGGUGCGUCUGUCAGACGAGCUACUGUCUCAGGCGGUGAUGGUGGUGGAGAGCUCUCGUCCAACUCUGACCAUAAAUCUGGCUGGAGCGCGGCAGCACUGGCUUGAAGGCAUGCUGCGACAUGAGAUAGGCACGCAUUAUUUACGAGGGGUCAACAAUAAUCUGCAGCCGUGGUCAAACACAGAAGGCAGGAAGCAGUUUGAUCUCAAACCGGCCAAUCCCACGGAGGAGGGUUUGGCCAGCCUACAUAGUGUGUUGCUACGGAAACAGCCCUACCUUUGGCGAGCGGCCCUGCUGUACUACACAGUGUAUCACGCCACCGUGAUGAGUUUCAGCCAGCUCUUCAGGCAUAUUGCCCGCUUCGUGCAGGACCCGGACGUACGCUGGGAGUACUGCCUGCGUGCCAAGAGGGGACAGACAGACACGUCCCAGCCCGGUUGCUUCAGUAAAGACCAGGUUUACCUUGAUGGAAUUCUUCGGAUUCUUCGACAUCGAACAACCAUCGACUUCAAGAUGUUGACAUCUUUAGGCAAGGUGUCCUAUGAAGACGUGGAGAGGCUGCGACCUCUGGGCGCGCUACACAGGACCAGGAUCCCCCACUUCAUGCGGGACCAGGAGAAGUACCUGCAGCAUCUAGAUCACAUAGUUGCUGUCAAUGAACUGGACGAUGCAGCGCUGCAGCAUCUCCUGCCCUGACCGUCAGUCCAUCCGUCCAGCCAAACUGCCUGAAAAGACUUGAGAACAUUGGUAAACAAACUCUCCCCAUGCUUUUAGUACGCCACUUAAAAUAAAGUAUUAUCACGGCUUUCUUUGAAAGAUUUUUAAAACUUGAAUAACGUGAACUGAGGGAGACAAACCACACAGUAACACCUCCACACUUUUGCAUGUCUGUGGCUGUUUCAGAGCCAAAGCCCUCACACUACCCCCCCCCCCCCCAUGGCCUUUACUCCUACUCUGAAGUUACCUCAGUAUUGCAACACUACAAUGUAAUUGAAGUAUGUAGACGUUUCUGUGCACAUGCUACGCCUGUAAAGGACAAAGCUGCCUGUUGGCUUUAAUGUUUUAUCAUCGUGCUUUAUUUAUGCAAUUAUUUAAGUUUUUUAAUUUUUUUAUUUUUUACUUUGAGCAAACAAAACCUGAAUGUGUAUGGUAUUAGCUUUA